UUAUUCCCAUCCUCAUAUCAUCUGAGAACUUCAUCAACAAAACAUCAAAACAAUUUUCGAGAAUAUUCAAAGAAAAAGCGAAGGAACCAAAGAAUUAAACAUGAUGAGCUUGAGGAUUGUUGCUAGAAAUGCUGUAAAGUUCAGAAAUGGAAUCACGACAGUCGGUAAAAAGUGGAAUUAUCGAGCACCAUCAUCAAUUACCCCAGCCCUAACAUCCCGCCUGUACCACUCAAUCAUCAGAGAAUCAGAAAAGGUCAAAGGAGCUCCAGAAAAUCACGAAUUUAAGGCUGAAACUCGAAUGCUACUCGACAUUGUCGCCAAAUCCCUUUACUCAGAAAAUGAAGUUUUUGUUCGUGAGCUGAUCUCUAAUGCCAGCGAUGCCAUUGAGAAGUUCCGAUACAUAUCAAGCACAAAUCCAGACAAUGUCACUGGAUUAGAUCGAAAACUUGAGAUUCAUAUAGAAACUAAUAAGCAGAACAGAACAUUGAUUAUUCAAGACACUGGAGUUGGUAUGACUAAGGAUGAAAUGAUUGAUGCUCUUGGAACUAUUGCUAGGUCUGGAUCGAAGAACUUCUUAAAGCAAAUUGAAGAUUCACAACAAGGUGCUGCAGCUAAUAUUAUUGGACAGUUUGGUGUUGGAUUCUAUUCAGCAUUUAUGUGUGCUACAAAGGUUGAUGUCUAUUCAAGAGGAUCACAUCCUGAUGAUGUUGGCUACAUGUGGACCAGUGAUGGAACCGGUUCCUUUGAAAUCCAAGAAUGUGAGGAUGUUGCAGUCGGAACUAAAAUUGUCAUUCACCUCAAAGCUGAAUGCCGUGAAUAUGCAGAAGAGGAUAGGAUUCGUGAUGUCAUCAAGAAAUACAGCAACUUUGUCGGUUCCCCAAUUUACCUAAAUGGCAAUCAAAUGAACUUAGUUCAACCAUUGUGGCUUAUGGAACCAAAAGAAGUCACAGAUGAUCAGCACACAGAGUUCUUUAGAUACAUUGGAAAUUCAUUUGAUAUCCCAAGAUACAAGCUUCAUUUCAAGACUGACGUUCCAUUGUCAUUGAGGACUGUCCUUUAUUUCCCAGAAGGCAAGCCAGGACUCUUUGAAAUGUCACGUGAUUCAGACACUGGAAUUGCACUUUAUACCAGAAAGAUUUUAAUUCAAUCCAAAACAGACUUGAUGCUUCCAAAAUGGCUGAGAUUUAUUAAAGGAGUUGUUGACAGUGAGGACAUUCCAUUAAAUCUUAGUCGUGAGCUUCUUCAGAACAGCAACUUAAUCAGAAGACUCAGAAAUGUCCUCACAUCUAAAGUUCUCAAGUUCCUGUAUGACAAAUCAGUCAAAGAUCCAGAAAGCUACGAAAAAUUCUACAAAGACUACGGCUUGUUCCUUAAAGAAGGUAUUGUAACAACACAGGAACAGCCACAAAAAGAAGAAAUUGCCAAACUCUUAAGAUUCGAGACUAACAAGAAUGACGAUGGCAGCAGAAUUGGAAUUGAGGAAUACAUUAAGCAACUUAAGGAGGAUCAAAAGGAAAUUUAUUAUUUAGCAGCUCCAUCAAGAGCUUUAGCACUUAACUCACCGUACUUUGAGAGUUUGCAGAAGCGAGACUAUCCAGUUUUGUUCUGUUAUGAGCCAUAUGAUGAGCUUGUGUUGAUGCAGUUGAUUAGUUAUAUUGUGUUGAUGCAGUUGAUUAGUUAUAAGGGUCACAGCCUCGUCAGUGUUGAGAAAGAGAUGCGCAGAGCAACAUCUACUGAGGAAGUUGACCAAUUCUUUCAGGAACAUGCCAGUGAUACCCUCUCACAACGUGAUACAGACGAUCUUGUAAGAUUCUUGAAGACAGAACUCGGAAAUAAGGUCGCAAAUGUUAAAUACACAAGUAAACUUGAUCAUCAUCCAUGUAUUGUGACUGUAGAGGAUAUGGCAGCAGCUAGGCAUUUUAUUAAAACACAAAGUCAUCAAUUGACUGAAGAUAAUCGUUAUGCAUUGUUGCAGUCGCAUUUGGAAAUUAAUCCUAGACAUCCAAUUAUCAAGAAGCUUCAUAAAUUGACCACAACUGAUGAGAAGCUUGCAUCACUUUUAGCACAGCAGUUAUUCUCUAAUGCCAUGACAGUUGCUGGACUUGUUGAUGAUCCACGCCUGCUGUUGACACAAAUGAACGAGCUUUUGGUCAAAGUAUUGGAAAAAUUCUAAAAAAGUUAAUUUUCAAAUCAAAAAAAUGUUAUGUGCUUUAAGGUCUGUAAAUAAGGAAUAGUCAGAAUUUAAAUUUCAAUAAAAUUAACAGAAUUAAACAAUUUAAA